CGCGGGAGCUCAGGCAGCGAGCUUAGAUCCUCAGGUUGAAUUUCUUCUUGCUCUGGUUCUUCUUCAAUUGUGGGAAGAUUAUUCAAUUUUUCAGGAGGAGUCCAACCCACUUCCUUAUUAAUUAUUGCUGGAGAUUCCUGUGGCUUUCCUAAGCCUUCUUUUUCAGGGGACCAUGGUUCUACAGCGUCUUCUUCACUUAUUGUUGGUAAUUCAUGCGACUCAUUAUCUUCAAGAGUGUCCAUUGAAUUAGGUACAGGCCCUUCUAAGGGGGGAGUCAAAGGCUCUUCAUCUUCAUCAAUAACUCCUGGAAAUUCCUGAAUCUUUCCUUUAGAAGAUUCUACAUGCUCCUCAGUGACUUUUUGUUCAAUUUCCUCAUGAGGUUCAAUAUUUUUUUCAUCUUCGUGUGUCGUAGACUCUUGAACAUUUUCCAAUAUUUCUUCAGAAGUCUCUUCAGGCGUUUCAGUGACUUCUUGUUCAUGUUCGUCGUCGGCAUUUUCAUCUUCUACAAUUGUCGUAGUAUCUUCAUCCUUUUCUUGGGCAGAAGUUUCUUCAGGCGUUUCAGUGUCCUUUUCAUUUAUUGUUUCAUGUUCCUCACGGGAUUCAAUAUUUUCAUCUUCUUCUAUGAUUGUAGAAUUAUCUUCAUCCUUUUCUUGCGUAUUUUCAUCAUUUUCUUCAGGAGUGUCAGCGACUGCUUGCUCAUGUUCCUCAUGAGGUUCAAUAUUUUCACCUUCUACUAUAGUCGAAGGAUCUUCAUCCUUUUCUUGCGUAUCUUCAGAUUGCUCUUCAGCCAUUUCAUCGGUUGAUUCAGCUUUAUCCUCAAUAUUUUCCUCUUCAUGUGUAGAAGGCUCUUUAGCAUUUUCUUGCGUAUCUUCAGAUGUUCCUUGAGGUUCUUCAAAGUCUUCUUGUUCAUGUUCUUCGUCAGCAUUUUCUUUUUCUGCAUGUGCUGAAGGUUCUUCAUCCUCUUCAUACUUAUUUUCAGAUGGCUCCUCAGCGACUUUAUCUAUUGACCCAGCUUCUUCCUCCAUAUUUUCCUCUUCGUGUGGCUCUUUAGCAUUUUCUUGCUUAUCUUCAGAGGGUUCUUUAGGCUCUUCUUCAUUUAUUGAUUCAUGUUCGCCUUUAUUUUCACUAUUUUCCUCUUUAUGUGUCGAAGACUCUUCAGAAUCAGGAGUUGUUAUUU